AUGGCAGAGGUAGUUGGAUUCGCAUCUGGUCUUUUAACUUUAACCGUUUUCGCCUUGGACACAAGUAAAUCACUCUACGAGGCGGUCUCCAGCUUCAAGAGUCAACGAAAAGCUAUCCAAGAUCUUCAAACCGACCUAAGCUCUCUUAUCGCCGUGCUCGGAUCGAUUCGAACACAGGCACAAACCUCGCAGGAAGUUGAGAGACUCGAGCCGCUUCGACAUCCAUUGGAAUGUUGCUUGACAACAUGUCAAGAUAUACGUUAUAUGCUCGAUGCCUGCACAGAACACUCGGCUGAGAGGCAAGACCGUGUUCGGAAUUGGCUCAAAAUGCGAUAUCAUGAAAAGAGUUUUGAGGAUAUGAAGCAACGACUCGCCAGCUAUAAGUCAACGCUUAGUAUUACCUUGGGCUCAAUCAACAUGCGCUAUCAUUCUGCCACUCAGGAUUCAUUAGACGAUCUGCAAGAUUCAAUCCGUGGUGCCAAAGAAGACUUGGAAGAUCAGUUAGAUAAUGUGCGACAAAUCAUUAGUGCCGUAGACGUGUCAAUGCGUGAUAGCCUUCAGGCGGAUCAGGCUCGAUUGCAGCGAUGUCUGGAAAGUCUGGAAAGUCUGGAACGAGCUCAGGGGGUUGCAAGUAUCACUCGUCCGCAAGUUACAAUCAGGAGCAAUCGAACUAAGCAGGGCAGCCGUGCAGUUUUUGGCACGGACACGUCUCAGCCACAGUUUAGCUUGAAUGUGUCAGAUAAUGAUGUUGGGCUAGGCGCUAUAGCUGCUGCUGGGGUCCAUACACCGCAAACACUUCAAGCACUGUUGAGAGAUUCUCGGAUUCCAGAUCUUGCGCUUGCACUUCAAGCACUCCAGACUCAGUCGCAAGCCCAUGAUUCUGCUCUGCCACCUAUUCUGCGCAACCUGUCAGUUGGACUGCCCGAUGUGAACCAGCGUGUAAGCUCAAUAGUCUCAGAAGACACCAACCCGCUAGGUCCUAUUAAUAUACCCAGACGAUCGGUCAACCCGAUGCGUGAGGAGGUAAUCCAGGGCGACGAAGCUCAGGGAUAA